GGGGUCCCGGGCUGCGUUCGCUCGGGGCCAGGCCGGGCGGGGAGGCCGGCCCAGCGGGCGGGAGGGUGGGGGCAGGCGGGGGCGGCUCCGUGGCUUCUCCCGCCGCUGCCGCCAAGGGGAGUUUCCAGGAAGUGGCCAUAUUGGAUCCAUUCAGCCGCAGCCGCCCGGGCGGAGCGCGUCCCGCAGCCGGCUCGUCCCCGUCGCGGCUCCGGCGCUCGCUCCAGCCCGGACGCCCCGGCAUUCGUUCGCCAUGGCGGCCACGGACCUGGAACGCUGCUCGAAUGUGGACCCGGAGCCCCGGAGCCUCUCGCUGGGUGGCCAUGUGGGCUUCGACAGCCUCCCGGACCAGCUGGUCAGCAAGUCGGUCACUCAGGGCUUCAGCUUCAACAUUCUCUGUGUGGGGGAGACCGGCAUUGGCAAGUCCACCCUGAUGAACACACUCUUCAACACGAACUUCGAGACUGAGGAGGCCAGCCAUCAUGAGGCCUGCGUGCGCCUGAGGCCCCAGACCUACGACCUGCAGGAGAGCAACGUGCACCUCAAGCUGACCAUCGUGGAUGCUGUGGGCUUCGGAGACCAGAUCAACAAGGAUGAGAGUUACAGGCCCAUCGUCGACUACAUUGACGCGCAGUUUGAAAGCUAUCUGCAGGAGGAGCUCAAGAUCCGCCGCUCUCUCUUCGACUACCACGACACCAGGGUCCACGUCUGCCUGUACUUCAUCACACCCACCGGGCACUCCCUCAAGUCCCUCGACCUGGUGACCAUGAAGAAGCUGGACAGCAAGGUGAACAUCAUCCCCAUCAUUGCCAAGGCUGACACCAUCUCCAAGAGCGAGCUCCACAAGUUCAAGAUCAAGAUCAUGGGCGAGCUGGUCAGCAACGGGGUUCAGAUCUACCAGUUUCCCACAGAUGACGAGGCUGUUGCAGAGAUCAACGCGGUCAUGAAUGCGCACCUGCCCUUUGCUGUGGUGGGCAGCACCGAGGAAGUGAAAGUGGGCAACAAGUUGGUGCGUGCCCGGCAGUACCCCUGGGGCGUGGUGCAGGUGGAGAACGAGAACCACUGUGACUUUGUGAAGCUGCGGGAGAUGCUGAUCCGCGUGAACAUGGAAGAUCUCCGUGAGCAGACCCACACCCGGCACUACGAGCUCUACCGGCGCUGCAAGCUCGAGGAGAUGGGCUUCCAGGACAGUGACGGAGACAGCCAGCCCUUCAGCCUACAGGAGACAUACGAGGCCAAGAGGAAGGAGUUCCUGAGCGAGCUGCAGAGGAAGGAGGAGGAGAUGAGGCAGAUGUUCGUCAACAAAGUGAAGGAGACAGAGCUGGAGCUGAAGGAGAAGGAGAGGGAGCUCCACGAGAAGUUCGAGCAUCUGAAGCGGAUCCACCAAGAGGAGAAGCGCAAGGUGGAGGAGAAGCGCCGGGAGCUGGAGGAGGAGAGCAGCGCCUUCAGCCGCAGGAAGCUGGAGGCCCUGCAGUCGCAGGCCUUGCAGGCUACCUCCCAGCAGCCCCUGCGCAAGGACAAGGAUAAGAAGAAUUAACGCACAUUCAGACUUAUGCGCUGAGGGUGGACUUUAGACUGUCAUGCGUUAAUUUGCUUGCGUUGCGCCCUGUGACCCUUCUCCCGUAACCCGGUGUGAGGAUGGACUGGGAGCCGGGACAGACGCCAGUGUUUACAGCCUCGCUUGGCGGCCCCGGGCCGCCCUUCUCUAUGCAAACUCAGAAAAGCCAUGAAUGCUGGAAUCCAAAACUGACAAGGUUUAUUUCUUUCAGAGCCAGUGGCUGGUCUUCCAUUUACAGUGUCACUAUCCCCUGAGGCAGCUGUGACGGGCCCUGCCGGGCAUGGCCCCAGCUGGCGGUGCCGGGCCUGAGCGUCUAGCAUCCAGCAGGAGUGUCCCGCCUGAGCGUCCAGCUUGUGGCGGGGCCCUUGGGACAGCCAUCCGGCCCAGUAGACAUGCUGCAUACUUUGCCUGUUCCCCUUCCUUUGAAUUUUUUCUAACCUCAAGCUUAAUUUUCAUAAUAACUUUCCAACACUUACACAUUUUUUUUCAUUUGGGCACCAGCAUAAAGACAAAUAAUACCCUCUCCAUUAUUUUCAUAAAGUAACCCAGAUUUCUUGGUUAUUUUUUAAACUAAAACUAUACCUCUAAACCUCCCUUGUGUACAAAGCACCCUCCUCGCCUACAGUAAACGAGCAGGGAGAGGUGGGCAAUAAACGUCCUAGAACAACAGUGUUGGGAAUUUCUUUCCGGAUGACAGUGGAGCCAGGGCACGAGCCCGGGCCACAUUUUCACUGUGAAUGUAAAUGGAACAGCAGCCCUCAGCCGCCGCCCGUGUGCCCUGCAGGUGCCACUUGUAAGCAGGGAUACCCACACCACGCAUGUGUUCCGUGUGAGAGUUUGACUUAGGUUCCCAGAGCAGGCCUGCAUGUUGCACAUGCGCAGGUGCUGGGAGGGGCAGGGCUGCGGCCUGCCAGCCACCAGCUCCUCCGUCCCAAGCUGCAGAGGUGGAGGAGCAAGUGGUCAACAAGCUUCCCACUCCAGCAGGACUCUGCAGAGCGUCGUUUGCGGAAAGUCCUCUGGUGUGGCAGGGAGACUUUGGAAAAAUGGGGUGGGAAAGAUGGCUGUACCUUUGGUGCAAAGACCUUGAAAUCCAUGCAGAGUUUUUGUUUUUCCUGGUGCGUAUAUUUCGUUAACCUUUUUUGAAGAAGACGUGUGCAUGGAUUACAAGAUUCGUUUGGCACCAAAAUAACCGCGUUUUCAUUCUGUUUUCCACGGACAUUUGGAAGUAACCCUUGAACUGGUAGCAUUGAAUCCUCUCUGCUCCUGUUGGUUUGCAAGUGAAGGCACAAGGGGGAUGUGCUGAGGAAUUGGGAAGAAAGGAGUCCUUCCACGGUGAUAUAGCCUGGCACCAGGCCCUGUCCCCCACAUGCCCUCACUGGGAAGCCCCCAGCCAUGCCCAUGUAGUACUGGGUUAUCUGUUUUCCAUGUGUCCUAUCUCCACAGCUCUCGGCUCUGUCUCCUUUCUGACUGGCCUGCUCUAGUGCUACCCAGGAUGCUCAGGUGUUGUGCCUUUCUCAGACGAUGUAAGAGAGGCGAAGGGCAGCCAAGAAGGGGCUGGGGCCUUCCUUCACCCUCAGCAGAGCAGGCUCUGCUGGUGCUGCCAGGGAGCAGCCCCAGGUGCUAUGCCCUGACCGGGAGGGCAUACUGAUUUUAUGGGGCUGGAGGCCUGCACUAUUUUGAAAGGAUUUCUUUAAGAAAGUCAGAUGUGGAGUUAGGCCCCAGGCCUCGGGAGGGCCCUAAAGACGUUGCCUCCUUGGCUUCAUAAUCAGUCCACUUCUGGCUGUGACCAAGAGUGGGGCUUCAGAGUGGCUCCUAACCAACGUGAGCCCGCAUAUCUAAGCAAACACGGUGGCCAGCAGCUCUUGCUGAGGGCCACACCUUGCCAGAGCAUGUAUGUAUAAUUGGGUCCUGCCUCUGUUAGGAGAGGUGGCCCAGUGCCCUGCUAGCAAGACCCCUGGCUCAUGGGCCACGCUGGGAACCUCCACAGUGAGCAGUCUGCCACCCAUGCUCCCACAGUCUAUGGGCCCAAGGCUUCCCCGCUUCUCUGGGGAAGACAGGGUGUCCUGGGGGGGGGUCUGGGCUGCCUCCACAGGUGUUUUGUGACACCCUUUCCCCUGCUGUCUGAAUCCACAAUUUUGUCUUCUUCAGUUGAGACCAAAGUAAUCUUUGACUCACAAGGUGAGUUUCCAAUUGGCCUUUGUUUAGCGAGCCGCCCUUCAUGGAACGCUGGGCCCCGCCUGCUGGCUGCCACUUAGCUCGCACUGGUUUUCGUGGGCAUUACUAAAGCUAUCGUAGAGGACCAGGUUAGCGUGUACUUCCAUGUCUUUGGGGAGCCAUGCUGCUUGAGGCAGACUCACCAUGUCAUGUAUCGCCCCCUCCUGGACUUUGGUGAGACACCAGGGGUGCUGCUGACCGCUGUGCCAGGUGCUGUAGCAGGCAUGGAUUGGGCAGAACUGCCCCCCACCCCAAGGCAAACCGAGUCUAGGUGGUUUAUGACUGUGCCAACUGUGGUUGUGCGUCCGUGUGUGUCCAUGUGCCCCCCAGGAAGCAGGGCCUGAGUUAUUGGAUCAGAGGCCAGAAGGUAUGUGGCUUGCUCAUCUGUUACGAUAACAUGCUUUUCUAAACCGGCUUCAUUUGUUGAUUCAUUUAUGCCUCCAUUUGUAGACUGUUUUUGUUCCUUUCCAUUCACUUUGUACUCAUUUUUUUCCCCAUUAAAUUUUGGCAUUUCUUUUGA